AUGAACCCCCUUUAUUUUCUUAAUCGCCCCCAGCGUUGUUCCUGUUCUUGUUCUUUUUCUUCGGCUUCUCCUCAUUCUCCUCCUCUUUCUCCUCCUCCUCCUUCUUCUUCUCCCUUCUUCUUCUUCUUCUGCUACUUCUUCUCGGCGUUCUCCCCAUUUUCUUCAACUACUUUAUUUUCUUCGCCUAUCUCUCCUUUCUUCUUCUUCUUCUUCUUCUUCUUCUUCUUCUUCUUCUUCUUCUUCUUCUUUCUUUCUUCUUUCUUCUCCUCCUUCUUUCUUUCUUUCUUCUUCUUCUUCUUCUUCUUCUUCUUCUUCUUCUCGCCCUCUUGCUUUUUCUUCUUCUACUACUUCAUUUUCUUCUCCUCCUCAUUUUUUCUUCCCAUCCUUCUCUUCCUCUGCCUUCUACUUCUUCUCUUUUACCUCCUGCUCAUUCACUUCCUCCUCCUCCUACUUCUUUUUCUUGAAUGCAAUAUAUUCCCUUUCUUCUUUUCUUUAUUUUCUGUCUGUUCUUUCUUUCUUUCUUUCUUUCUUUCUUUCUUUCUUUUGAAAAUUGAUAUUUUUAUUAUAUUUUUUGAUGCAGUAUAUCCCUACUGUUCCUAUUAUUCAUUCCUUCGUUUUUUUCUCUGUUAUUCCUUUGUUUUCUUUUUUCUUUCUUUUUAUCUAUUUUUUUUCUUCAUUAUUCUAAAAUAA